AUGUCACUUGCACUCCUCCGCCACCCCAGGCUCUCUCAGUCGCUCACUGCGACACGCCGCCUUGCCUCUCGUCCUCGCCGGUACUCUGCCCUUUCCGCACAAGCCGGACCGCGUCUCGACCCAGAAGAGAGAGAUGACGGUGCACAGGUUGCUGGCCCCAGCUCUCGCCAGCCCGCGUCCACUGCUGCCGACACGAACACGACCCAGCCUCCCUUGAAGGGUACGCAGAAGACCUCGGACUUCACGCGCGUGCAGUCCUAUCUCGCCUCCAUAAACGCGAGCGGACUCGAGCCUACCCGGGAAGACCUCGAGCGCUGUCGCCCUCUCCACCAGCCCUCCCCGCACUCCCCGCAAUACGUCGAGACGUACACGACUCUCAUCAACAACCUGAGUCGGUCGUUCACCAAGGAGCAGCUGCGCAAGUUCCUUGCAGAAACGCUAGGUGCGAGUCGCCAUAGUGGAAAGCACAGGAAGAAGGUCGAAUACGCGGAGUCUAUCGUCGAGCAGCUGUGGGGAUGGCCUACGCUCAAGGAGUUGGAAAAGGCCAAGCGGGAUCGAACAGAAGUUUCCAUCCAGGCGUUCCCGGUCACCGCAAGCGACUUGUUCUUGUUUUUGGGUCCCGACGGGUCGGACCUGCUACGUCUUUCCAAGGAUUUUGACGUCCAUAUCUCAUUACGCCGCGAACCUAUGGCUUUGCAAGUGGAAGGGAGCCGAGGUGCUCUUAGGGAUAUAGCGGAGCGCCUCCUCAUUCUCAAGAAGAGCUUUGUGGAAGAAACAUAUGAUCUACCAUUCUCCGUGGCUAUUCCGCAGGACAUGGUGCAGCGCAUAUCUCGCCUUGCUUCCGCAUACCUCGAGAACGUUCCUUCAACGCCUGGAAAGGUACUGUGCUCGUUGCUUUAA